AGGCUUGGUGCGGGAAGUUUGAAUUUUGCUGAGUCUUGGGCUCAGGGCGUUUCUUCUUCGGAGGUGGCGGUGGUCUCCUAGGCCCGGAGAGUUUCUUCACUUUUAGUUUGGUCGAGGUUUCUGCGUUAAAAUCUGCCUCAGGAUGUCUUUAUCACAUUUUGCCAGUCGACAUAGAAAGGAUUUAAGUACGGACAUGAUUAGAACUAAAAUUGCUCAUAGGAAAUCAUUGUCUCAGAAAGAAAACAGACAUAAGGAAUAUGAACGAAAUAGACACUUUGGUUUGAAAGAUGUCAACAUUCCAACCUUGGAAGGUAGAAGCAUUCUUGAAUUACAUGAGACAUCUCAAGAGCUUGUUCCAGAAAAGGCCGGUGUCAAGCCAAGGUCAUUGAAAACUGUUCUAAGUGAUCAACGAAAACAGAUGCUUCAAAAAUACAAAGAAGAAAAGCAGCUUCAAAAAUUGAAAGAGCAGAGAGAGAAAGCUAAACGAGGAGUAUUUAAAGUGGGUCUUUAUAGACCUGUUAUGCCUUGUUUUCUUACCUCAAACCAGAAUACUAUGAAGAUUGAGCCAAAAAAGGCUGUUGCAUCUUCGGUGCGGAUUACAAGGUCAAAGGCUAAAGACCAAAUGGAGCUGACUGAGAUUGAUACACGGAGUGAUGUUCGAGCAGUUCGACCUGGUCAAAGACAGACUUCUGAAAAGAAAGUGUUGGACAAAGAGAAAAAAGCUAUUCAACCUGUAAUACCACCAAUGAGAAUGACUCGGUCAGCUACUCAGGCAGCAAAGCAGGUUGCCAGAACAGUCUCAUCCACAGCAGCAACAAAGCCAGUGACAAGAGUUGCUAAUGAUAAUGAAGGAGAAAGAAAGUUUUCAAAUCAAGGAAGACCUGCCAAAAAGAUAGAAACAAAACUUGAUAAGGUCAUUUCUUUUAAAACCGAGUUUAGUAGUUUCUUCACUGAAAAUACUUUGGAUUCACAAACUAGUGCAACAAAUGAAAUGGAUCCAGAUGGAGUCUUAUCAAAAACAGAAACUUUACCUAAAACAGAUACUGCAAAAAUGAAAGGGAAGAAUUCCUUUGCACCUAAAGAUUUUAUGUUUCAGCCACUAGAUGGUCUGAAGACCUAUCAAGUAACACCUAUGACCCCCAGAAGUGCCAAUGCUUUCCUGACACCCAGUUAUACCUGGACCGCUUUCAACAUAGAAGUUGAUAAGACUCAAGCAACAAAAGAAAUCUUGGCACAAAAAUGUAAGACCUACUCUGCCAAAACAGAACAUCAAGAUUCAAGUAAAUUACAAUGUUCUUUGGAUUCUGUAACAGUUUCAGAUAAAGAACAUGUCUUAAAUAAAAAUGAAUUUACUAAUAAAAAUUCAAAUAGCCAUUCAAUAAAAGAGGUUGUCCCAUUACUUGAAAUAAAUGAAGAUCAGAUACCUCAGCCACAUGAUGUGCCAUACUUCAGAAAUAUUCUCCAAUUGGAAACUGAGAAGUUAACUUCACACUGCUUUGAAUGGGACAGAAAGCUUGAAUUGGACAUUCCAGAUGAUGCUAAAGAUCUUAUUCGCACAGCAGUUGGCCAGACAAGACUUCUCAUGAAAGAAAGGUUCAAACAGUUUGAAGGACUGGUGGACAAUUGUGAAUAUAAACGAGGUGAAAAGGAGACUACCUGUACAGAUCUGGAUGGAUUUUGGGAUAUGGUUAGUUUUCAGAUAGAAGAUGUAAACCAGAAAUUUAACAAUCUGACCAAACUUGAGGAAUCUGGAUGGCAAAGCAGUAACAAUACAAGCAAAAAAGUUGUUAGAAAAAAACUUGUCUCAGGUACAGCAAGUAAACCCAAACCAGAUGAUGGUGGAAGACUUGCAGCUAGAAAUCGCCUGGCUGCCAUAAAAAACAAAAUGAGAGAGAGAAUUAAGCAGGAAGAACAUGCUGAGGCGGCAGCCUCUGCCAUGCCAAAGGAAGUUGAUAAAAUAGUGUUUGAUGCUGGAUUUUUCAGAAUUGAAAGUCCUGUUAAAUCAUUCUCAGGACUUUCUUCUGAACGUCUUUCUCAAAGACUGGGAACACCUAAGUCUGUCAGCAAAGCUGUGGCUGAGGGCAGGGCUGAGAUGGGUCUUCUGAAACAAACUACAACAUCACCAGAGAAUCCUCAUCCUCAGAGUCCCAAAAGUGAACAUAUUGAUAAGACUUUGAUUUCAAAUAUUCCUGAAAACAGGAAGAGCAUAGUGAAAGAUACUAAGUGUCCUGGAUUACAAAAUUUAAUUGAAGUAAACCAUGAUGUAAAUAAGAUAAACUUUGAGAUAGAUUGUUUACCCAGUGAAAGAAUGAGUUGGGCUCUCCUUGCUGGCAAAGUGGCAGAUGAUGUUAACACUAACAAAAAGGAAGAAAUUUCAGAUGUGGAAGGAAUAGAAGUAAAUUCAGUUACAUCAGAGGAUAUUUUGAUGACUACCCCUGAAAAAAAUACACCAUCACAAAAAAAUGUCUCACUGGAAGAGGAAACAAAAAUUUCUCAGUCAGUACUCUUUGACAAUAAAAGUCUCACUACUGAAUGCCAUCUCCUUGAUUCACCAGGCCUAAACUGCAAUCACACAGUCACUCAGGUGGAGAAGAGACAUCAAGAAUGUACCAGACACAUUUCCUUUGGUGGUAACCUGAUUACCUUUUCACCUCUAAGGCCCCUCAGUGGAGAACAACCAGAAGAAAUCUGAAUUUAAAAAUAAAUACAGGUGUUUUCUUCAUGUUAUCAAUCCUGUGAUAUAUUAGAAUAUUGAAAAGUUGAAGAAAAUGUAUUUUCUUUAUGUUCACUUCUCUUCAACACAUUUAUAUAGCAUCAUACAGUUGGCCCUCCAUGUGCAGAUGUAGAACCCAUGGAUACUGAGUGCCUACUGUGCGGGACUUGAGUAUUCUCGAAUUAUGGUAUCCCUGUGUGUGUGUGUCAGGGGAGUCCUGGAGCCAGUUCCACUGAGAUACUAAGGGAUUACUGGGUACUGUAUUAAUACGCAGUAUUCAUCAAAGUGUGUUUUAGAUAUGAUACUGUUUUUCAAGGGUAGUUGGGAUAUUUUGUGUAUUAACCAUGCAGAAUAAAAAUGUAUUUACUUAGUGCCUUG